CCGACCUGCAAAGGGCAGCAAUACGCAACACAGCGUUAAGUCUGACGGAAAUCCACACGAAGAAGAAGUAAACUGAAGUGAACAGUGACUGAACCAUUUCCACGUUGGCGUUUUUAUUGUUAUUUAGACGUUUAUUAACACCCUGGAACUCAACAUAUUACUAAUUUAACUGCACAGCAUCACAUACUUACAAGCCUCCAUCAUGGAGGUACUAGCAAAUGCAGCCGUGGCAGACAUCUGUAAACUCGUAGACGACGACUAUGCAGUGUUUCGAUUGGAAAUAACUCAAAGCCAGAAAGAAAACAGGACAUUGCGGAGGAAACUACAGCUACUGGAACUGAAGGUGGCACGGGAGUGCGCAGAAGGGACCAAUAGUGUCAAGAUCCUCGACCGAUACAGAGGAAUGCCAAGAGGUGAAGGACAUCUCACUGGAGGCCACAGGAGCUUUGUGAAGCCAACAGGACACAAUACAUGGAGAGAUGACCAACCAAUCACUGUUGAUGAGGGGAGUGGAACCUCAACCCAUCAUGUUACCAUGAUAGAGUCUGCAGAUGCAGAGGCUGCAGGUCCUGGAGUCAAGCAGGAUAGCCCUGAAGUAGAGGACCCACAACACAGUAGAGACAUCCAGACUGGAGUGACUGGAGCACCCCCUGUAGCCACGGAGGUCCCCACUGCCGUCACCCGACGCAGCAUCAUGGAGGUCAGUGGAACGCCGAACGCCAUCCUCAAGUCAGAGACAGACACAGAGACUUUAACUGUAACACACAGGCUCUUACACACAGCAACUGACCACAGAUCAGACCCAGACAGACUGGGGCUUGGGACACUGGGCUGUCCUGCUCCAGACUCAGAGUACUUACCGGUAUUUCACCAGAGCCAGAGGAUGGUUAAUUCCUGUGGGGAUGGGGAUGGUGACACAUUAGACACGGGUGUUGAUGAUCUGUCUUGUUCUUACACUUCAGAGAUGGACCCAGGCAACAUAUCCUUGGGUUUAGAGAGACAGACUGAUCUGUCUAGAGGGGACUGGAACCGGUACAGUAGUAGUGUAUACUCUGAAGGGUACCUAGAUGAGAAAGGGGAGGUUAUAGUCGUAGAUGAGGUGACUGUGAAAGUGGAGGGCGACGCUCCUCCUACAUGGAAUGCAGAUAGUCACCAAGGAGACAGACACUCACAGGGCAGAGAUUUCUUACAUUACAGAGAAAGCUUAGAGACAAAUACAAAUAUUGUCACCCACUCCCCUUUACACGAGUUCAAGGAUCGCGACCCAGUAUCCACGAUGAUGGCGCCUUCCGAUUCACUCGACCGUGUCCUUUUCGAUCAGGCAUUGAACUCAAACGACCAAAGAGCCAACGCUCGGGGAGGGGGAACAACAUCAAGCAAUAGUAAAGGGAAACGGUUCCUCUGCAUGUUCUGUAACAAAGGCUUCAGCAGCCCCCAGAAGGUGAAGAUCCACCAGAGGGUCCACACAGGGGAGAAACCCUUCAGCUGUACCCAGUGUCACAUGCGCUUUGCCCAGGCUGGUCACCUGAAGAGGCACCAGAUGGUCCAUACAGGGGAGAAACCCUACAGCUGCCCCCAGUGUGAGAAGAGAUUCUCCCGCCAGGAACAGCUGAAGAUGCACCUGAAGGUCCACAUGGGAUAGAGGCUGUUUGCCUGUACUCAAUGAUGGAAGAGAUUCUCAGAGCGAAGCUACCUCAGGAUACACCAGCAGAAAAACCAUUCCACUCUUUAACAUGGAAAGUAACCAUUCCACUCAAUAGCUUCUGAUGUUUAGAUCAAUCCCUGCAUUAAAGACAAAGAUGCAAUUUCAUUGUUGUCAUCAGAAAAUAUCCACAUAUACAUUUGGAAUAAUGAGAUUUAGACUAACAGUUUUGAGUAUUCCUGGGUAGAAUAUUUUAUCCAGACAUUGUGAUAUAUAUAAGCCUAAAAAGGUCUGUUACAUAUUGUGUUUGUACUGUGUAGGCUAUAUGAUGUUCACAAAUGCCUGUUUCAUUACUUAUGUUCAAGUACUCUAUUUUUUUCCCAACAUAGUUUUAAUGAGAAAUGUAUGCAGUUUAUCAAGUUCAUGCAGAUUUUUAGUUGAGACUAGUGACGGGUGCAUUUUCAUGUUUCAGCAUGACAAUGCCCCUAUGCAUAAAGCGAGGGUCAUACAGAAAUGGCUUGUCAAGAUCAGUGUGGAAGAAUUUGACUGGCCUGCACAGAGCCCUGACCUCAACCCCAUUGAACACCUUUGGGAUUAAUUGAAAUGCCGGCUGCGAGCCAGGCCUAAUCGCCCAACAUCAGUGCCCGACCUCACUAAUGCUCUUGUGGCUGAAUGGAAGCAAGUCCCUUCAGAAAUGUUCCAUCAUCUAGUGGAAAGCCUUCCCAGAAGACUGGAGGCUGUUAUAGCAGGAAAGGGGGACCAUAUUAAUGGCCAUGGUUUUGGAAUGAGAUGUUUGACGAACAGGUGCCACAUAUUUUUGGUCAUGCAGUGUAUUUAAGUAGAGCAAAUUGAUAUAUAUAUAUAAUCCCAAAAUCAGCUAACUGUCAACAGUAGAACAAAGCUUAAAAUGAUGUUUGAGUGAAAAUGAAUGGUGAAUUUGCUUCAGGACCAUCAGUUGAUUAACAGAUGUAGGCCUACUGUAGAAUGAUAAACUUUCCUCCAGUGUGGAUGCUGACCCACAUUUUACAGUUGGGCUAUUGUCAAAUGAGUUAUGGUCUUUGGUGUGGAUAUUAUUUUGUAAAUCUGUCGAGAUGCUUAUGCAUUUCCACGUACCCAAAGACGAUUUAGUUGAGCCGAGACACUUUUCUCUGAUGUGUAAAUUAUCAGACUAUUCGUGUUACUUCUUGAAAACAUUGAAAUAAAUGCAACUCGUGAGGCUUGGAGCGGGAGUGCUCUGUUUUAGACCACUGCGCUUUUGCAGAUCACAAUGCUCUUGUAAACACUAAGAAUGCUAUGGAUACUCACUCCCCAGUAGGAGCAGUCCUCCAUAGGAUUGAAUGGAAUUUUACUGUAUUUCAAUAAAGGACAAAAUUACAUGCA